AUGUUGUACCAGCGGAAGCGCUCGCGAAAAGUUACCUCAACGACCAGCGGUAGGAGAUGUAAACAGUGGAAGUCUCCUUACAGAAUCGAUUUCGAACACUUCGACAAACACUACUUCGUCAUACCGAUCCACAACAAGGACCGAUGGUAUAAGGCGUGCAAUAAACAGAUCAACCGGGAAUGGAAGCGUGUCCGGGGCGAUCAGUUGAAAUCCCUCGAAUGUUGCGAGGAAAUGCCCACCAGCCUGACGCUGGCCAGCGGAUGGACUGACCGCGUCCAAGUGCUCGCCCUCUGCUCCAUCUCGCGCAUUCCAUCCUGUGCCAAGCGCUGCCUACUGGAGGUGAUCGUGACGCAGGACUAUUGCUACUACCUGAACAUCGAGCACAUUUUCGUGUCACUGCGCGAUCAGAACGUGUUCCGGGGUAAGUUUCGGUACACGUUCACGCGCAAUCUCUCUUACCGUGAGCUGCUCGAGUGGGCCAUCGAACCGCCAAAGGGUGUCUCUAAGUUUAUCCUCGCCGGAAGCCCACGUGAAUGGAUCGAGCAGCAGUACGCGUCGUCCGAGGAGGAUCUGUACAACCAGCGACAGAAUUGUUACUACUAUUACUAUUACAACGAAGAGGAGGACGACGACACGUACCAGGAUUAUUAUAAUUACACCAAGAAACGAGUCGCUUAUGAUGGCCCCCCUCCGCCAACAUCCAAUGAGCCAUACUUUGUCGUACCGAUCCAUCGAUACCCCGAGCUGAAGGAGCAGUGCGUCCGGUUGAUCAAUACCGAGUGGCCACGCUCUCGGAUGGCCCGGUUCUGGAGCUUCGAGACGUCCACCGAUACCCUGCCGAUCACGUUCGUCCUAACGCAGCUCAUCGAUGGUGAAAUCGUAGUGCUUGGACACGCCAAAGUAUCUCCGGUGCCAGCGGACGACACAUCCGCCUAUGUCGAAUCGGUCGUCGUUGACUAUCGCUACAGGGGUCGAGGCAUCGGUACGCAUCUGAUGAACGAAAUCGAAAAGUACUGCAAGUCGGUGAUGGCGAUCAACCACAUGUACAUCGCCACCGAUGGCCAGGAGGUGUUCUACGCCAAACUCGGGUAUAUUUUCUGCAAGGCGAUCAACAUCUUCGGCACCCGGUCGACACGGAACACCGUCAGCAAGAAGCACUGGAUGCGGAAGGUUCUCUCCGACUGGGAACCGUACCCGAUGGGUUACGGUGAUGCCGUCGAGGCGGGGCCGGAAGAGACGGAACCGAUUGAGGUUCAACCGCCGGAGAAAAUCUGUGUCGACCAGCUGAUCUGGAACAUUCGCAACAUCGUUUACAACCAGACCGGUGUGACGUACCGCCGUGGUGAUGUAGGGUCACGUGAGGAGAAGGUUUGCGAUUUACUGAUCAAAAUGCACGCCAUUUAA